CCUCCCUAAACCCUAAAAACCCUAAAACCCAGAUUCUGAGACCAAACCCCAAACCCUCUCUCUCUCUCUCUCGGUCGAUAUCGGAAUGGCUCUCAGUUCAAUUCUUCGCAGGUCUGCCUCACAACUUACACCUCUGACGAUUCGAGCUAUCGGGUUUCAAAGAUAUAGCCACCAGUGCGCUGCUCUGUUCGCCGCCGUUAAGCACAGCGACAUCUCUGGGAAGCUCUUUCAAAGUUCAUUUCCGCCGGUUUUGCACUAUUCUACCAAGAAGCCGAGUUCUGAUGAGUCUCUCCUCCGAGUCAUCGAAUCGGAGAUCAAAUGCGCCGAAGAAUCUGAUGAUCAUGAUCAGGUUGAAGAGGCUCCGGAGGGAUUCCCUUUCAAACUUCAAGAUAACACUGGGCAACAAACCAUAUCUCUAACAAGAGAAUAUCAGGGUGAAACUAUUAAUGUUGAAGUUCACAUGCCUGACCUUAUUACGGGCGAGGAAAAUGAUGACGAUGGCGAUAACAAUGAUGACACUGAAAGGGGCAUGCAAUCUAGCACUCCACUUGUUGUAAGGGUUUCCAAGAAGGAUGGACCCUGUUUGGAGUUUGGUUGUACCGCUUACCCUGAUGAGAUUUCAAUUGACAGUUUGUCCGUUAAGGAUCCUAAUGCUGAAGAUCAAAUUGCCUACGAAGGACCUGAUUUCUCGGAUUUGGAUGAGAAUUUGCAGAAGGCAUUUCACAAGUAUCUUGAGAUCAGGGGAAUCAAGCCCAGCACGACCAAUUACUUGCACGAAUAUAUGAUCAACAAAGACAGCAGAGAAUACUUGAUCUGGUUGAAGAACCUCAAGAAGUUUAUAGCGGCUUAAAAAUUUUAGACUGGUGAAACAAAAUUGGUGGAAUUUUUAUUCCAUGAACCAGAUUUUUCUUCAUGACAUUUUUUUUUUGCAUUGUUCUAGUGGUAUCUUUCUUGGUAUGCUACUUUGUAUGGUAUGAAAUAUUUAUACUGUGUCAUGUAGGAAAUCCCUUGAAUGAGAGAACUCCUUGGAGGAGAUUGUUGAACUCCUGCAAUGUUUAGUUCUUACGCAGGACCAUAAUGGAUAAUUGGAACGUUGUUCUUCAUGCUGGAAGUAGUUUUCAGUUCUAGUUUCAGAGGUUUUUUUUUUUUUUUUU